AUGUUAAAGAAAUGGAACAGCUGGCUCAUGCAAGUGAAACAUCUGGAAGAUGUAAAAAUUGAAAGAUGUUACAAGCCAGGGAAUAUUGGACAUUCUGUGUUAUACCAGUUACAUUGUUUUGCGGACGCAAGCACACUUGGCAUGGGAGUUGUCAUAUAUUUGCGCAUGUCUGAUUAUCAUGGAAAUGUACAUUGUUCCUUCGUCAUGGGCAAAUCAAGAGUGGCACCAUUGAAAACAAUGACAAUUCCUAGGAUGGAACUCACCGCUGCAACAUUAGCCGUCAAGUUAAGUAAACUGGUGGACGAGCAAUUAGACUUUCCUAUAGAGAAAAUACAUUUCUGGACAGACAGUACAACAGUACUUCGCUACAUCGCUAACACCAAGACUAGAUUCCAAACCUUUGUUACCAAUCGACUUGCCAUCAUCAACGCCCAUACAACUUUUGAUCAAUGGCAUUAUGUGAACACAAAAGAAUAUCCUGCUGACUGUGCAUCUAGAGGAAUAUCUGUGAUUGAUAAAUUCAUAGAUCAUCAGUUGUGGUUUCAUGGACCUGAAUUCCUCCUGAAAUCAGAAUCUACUUGGCUUUUGAACUGUGACAUUGAUACUACUAUUGGAGUUAACGAUGUGGAAGUGAAAAAAUGCAUCAACACUACCCUUAUACAGUCUUCCUUCAAUGGUGUUGAAAAAAUUCUUCAGCAUUUCUCAGAUUGGAAAAGACUUAAAGUCACGGUUGGAUGGUUCUUGAAAGCCAAGGAUAACCUGAGAAAAAUAGUCAAGCAGAAAAUAGAAAGAAGAGAAAAAAUGAUAGACUCUGGAGCUUCAAAGGAGAGAAUCAUGCAGAUUGAAAGAGUGGAAAGUGAAACAAGAGUAAAGGAGUCCAAGAAGGCAAAAGCGAUUCCUUUUCUCAGUACUGAAAUCCUCGACAGAGCUGAAAGAGAACUUGUGGCAUAUGAGCAAAGGCAGUAUUAUGCAAAUGAAUUGAAAAUUCUUGGAGACAAACAUGGAUAUGUCAAAAAAUCGUCACAGCUUUCUAGAUUAGAUCCUAUUUUACAUGAAGGAGUCAUCAAAGUGGGGGGCAGACUAGAAAAGCUAAAUGCAUCUUUUACCACUAAGCAUCAGAUGAUCAUUCCAAAAAAUUCCACACUGACUAGGAUGAUUGCUAUAGAUGCCCACAGAUCUGCAGGACACAUGGGCAAGAAUGCUACUUUAGCAGUCAUUCGAGAGAAGUUUUGGAUACCCGGUAUUUCUUCUGUAUUAAAAUCGCUUAUCUCAAAAUGUGUUAUAUGCAGACGAUACCAGUCUCCUCCAAUGCACCAAAAAAUGGCCAAUCUACCUUCUGAAAGAUUGGAAAUAGAUGAUCCCCCAUUCACCCGUGUAGGUAUGGACUACUUUGGACCAUUUGAAUUGAAGAGAGGAAGGAGUAUGGUGAAACGAUAUGGUGUAAUAUUUACCUGUCUUAAUACACGAGCAGUCCAUCUUGAAGUGUCAUUCUCUUUGGAUACAGAUUCAUGUAUUGAUGCUAUUCGCAGAUUCAUCGCAAGGAGAGGAAAACCUAAAUUUAUCCGAUCAGACAAUGGUACAAAUUUAGUGGGUGCAGAAAAGGAAUUAAGAGAAGCUAUCAAGACAUGGAACGUUAACCAAAUUCAUUCUCAUUUGUUGCAGUCAGGGAUAGAUUGGAUGUUUAACCCACCAUCAGCAUCACAUUUCGGAGGUGUCUGGGAACGACUUAUCAGAUCCGUAAGAAAGGUGAUAUUUUCCGUUUUACAUGAACAAACUAUUUAUCUGAACGAUGAAGGACUCACAACUUUGUUCUGUGAAGUUGAAGCAAUUCUCAAUGGAAGACCUUUGACGCCCACAUCAGAUAACCCUAGUGAUCUAAGCGCUUUGACACCAAACCAUUUGCUACUUCUUAGAUCUGGAGAAACUUGCCCACCUGGAACUUUUUCACAGAUGGACAACUACGUUCGACGUAGAUGGCGCCAGAUCCAAUAUCUCGCAGACAUCUUCUGGAGAAGAUGGAUUAAAGAGUAUCUACCCCUUCUUCAGAGCAGGCAGAUGUGGUUAAAGGAGGGACGCAAUGUUAAAGAAGGUGAUUUGGUUCUUAUUGUUGAAAAUGGCCCAAGGAAUUAUUGGAAUCUUGGACGAGUUCUGGAGGUUCAAAAAGACAGACAUAAUAUUGUGCGUGUUGUGAAAGUGAAAACUGUGUCCAAUAUUCUUACACGUCCAAUAACGAAACUGUGUCUUGUGUUGGAGUCGGAUGACAGAGACUAA